AAGCACAGGGUCUGAGCUUCCCCACCCCCCAGACAGGCCUCAUGGUCGCCUGCUACCGCGGCUUUGGGAGUGUUGUGGCCCUGCUCAGCCACUGCCCUUUCCUCGAUGUGAACCAGCAGGACAAAGAAGGGGACACAGCCCUCAUGCUGGCUGUCCAAGCAGGCCACAUGCCCCUGGUGAGUCUCCUGCUCAACUACUAUGCGGGCCUGGACCUGGAGCGCCGGGACCAGCGGGGGCUCACGGCUCUGAUGAAGGCCGCCAUGCGAGACCACGCUGAGUGUGUGGCUGCCCUCCUCAUGGCAGGUGCUGACCUGACAGCAGUGGACCCUGCUCGGGGCAAGACAGCCCUGGAGUUGGCAGUGCUGACCGACAGCUUCAGCACAGUGCGGAGGAUCCGGCAGCUGCUGCGGCGGCCCCGAGUCGAGCAGCUCAGCCAGCAUUACCAGCCUGAGUGGCCAGCCUUGCCCAAGCUCGUGGCCCAGGCCCAGACUGCCCCGUCCCUGUUAGAGCGACUGCAGGCCACGCUGAGCCUACCCUUCUCCCAGUCUCCUCAGGAGGGGGGUGUCCUGGACCACCUCGUGACCAUCACAACCAGCCUGGCCAGUCCCUUCCUCACCACUGCCUGCCGUACCCUGUGCCCUGACUGCCCACCUGCACUGGGCACCCGAAGUGUGUCCGUGCCAGAGCUGCUAGAGCAAGCAGGAGCCCAAGCCUGCAGGGCAUCGCAGCCUGGCACUUCCUGUCUGGCGCUACCAGGAGCUCAGGAUGGAGAGGAGGAGGCAACAGGAGGAGGCUAG